AUGAUUUUGCGCGUGGUGGGAAUCUGCAGUUCAUGCGAUGCUCUCUGGGUCGUCGGUCCCGGUGUCUCAUGCUCCACGUUCCCUGACAUGAAAAGAAAACAUUCGUGUGCUAAUAGAAUUUCUACCAGCGUGAGGAGGGAAGUUUUUUAGGGAGUUCAGGAGGAACAGAAAAUAUAUUUUCUGAUGGGGACCUAGGUAGCUAUUUCACCAAGAUAAGAAUCUGCGUGCGUCACGAAAAUAUGUGAAGUGAGGGUAAGAAUCGUAAUUACUGCUGGUGACGAAAGCCAAAGGGAUGCAGUGGGGCAGAGAGACGGCUUUCCUUGGCUUUCUGGAGGUCCUGCUCUGGGGUCUACAUGUGACCGUAGCGGUUCACAGGUGUCUUGAAGGAGAGUUCCAGUGUGCUUCCCAAGAAUGUGUCUCCCAGGAGAACGUCUGCGACUACCAUAGUGACUGCACCGAUGGAUCGGAUGAAGAGUUCUGCGGGUCCUGUAACUUUGACCUGCACUCAUGUGGGUGGAAAGACGUGAGCAGCAGCUUCUACAGAUGGAGGCUAGAAAUGGCCAACGUCAGCUCCGAGCCCGGGGUGGACCACACCACCGGCUCACCGUUCGGUAGCAUCAUGCACGUGGAGGGAUCUAAUCCAUCUCCCUUGUCCAAAGCCCAGCUGGAAACCGUCCUUCACAAACCCACGGCAAUAGGCUGUCACAUCACCUUUUGGUACCACCUGUUUGACAGCAUAGGGCUUUCCUCAGAAGUCUCCUUACACGUCACCACAAACUCAUCCCUCCAGAAGCUGUGGGAGAUAAAGAAGGCCCAGACCAGGGGCUGGGAAAAUGUUACUGUCCACAUCGGGAACAGAGCCGCAGGUUCCAAGCUGCAGUUCAUGGUGUCACCCACGUUCAUCGGUGACCAGGACGUGGCGCUGGACGACGUGCAGCUGCUGGACUGCUCCGAGCGGGACAUUCCUGCCGGGUCUUCGCGGCUCUCCUGCUCAUUCGAGGCGGACGCCUGUGCCUGGUACAAUGACCAAGGUUCUCCAGCCUCCUGGGAGAGGGUCAUCGGGAAAGACCCAUGGGGCCAGCAGCUACGCCCAGACCAUGACCACACCAGCGGCACCGGUUACUACAUGUUUGUGGGUUCAAAGUCCAGAACAGCAACCCCUGUUCAAGCCCGACUGCUGAGCUACCCCCAGGAUGCCAGAAAAGCACAGUGUCUCAGCUUCUGGUACCAUAUGUUUGGAGGCACCGUUGGAUCCCUGAAGUUCAUUUCCAGACACUCCGGAGGGGGUGACAGACUGCAGUGGGUGCGAACCGGGACACAGGGGAACAAGUGGCACUUUGUGGACCUCCAAAUCGAAGAGAGUGACACACCAGUACAGUUUGUGUUCGAGGCCACGGUGGGCGGGGCCUACGGGAGCAUCGCCAUCGACGACGUGGUUGUUUCCGCCGCCCCGGAUGGGUCGUGCCGCGCCGAGAGAGAGUGCACCUUCCAGGGCUCCCUCUGCGGCCUGCUGCAAGACCACACGGGGAACUUUAACUGGAGCAGAACCACAGGGGAGCAGUCUGUAAACACCUCCAGUCCCGGCCACGACCACACCCUGGGGACGGCUCAAGGUUACUAUCUGAGCGCCCAGAUCUGGCGCUGGUCCGUCGGUGACGCGGGCCGAGUGCUGACCCGCCUGCACGACCCAACUCCGAAAAGUGGGGAAUGUCUGAAGUUCUGGUACCACAUGGACGGCGAGGGUGUCGGGACCCUCAGCAUCUACCUGCAGAAGCUGGACCGGUCCAGGGUGCUUCUGUGGAGCGAGCAUGGAAAGCAGGGGGACCUCUGGAGGCAGGGCAGAGCUACGGUCCUUAGCCAUGAUGCCCCGUACCAGGUUGUGUUUGAGGCUGUUGCUGGAGAUGGUGUUGGGAUGGACAUAGCUAUUGAUGACCUCCUAAUCCUGAAUGGACCAUGCCCCCCUCUAGGGUUCUGCGACUUUGAGUCAGAUCCUUGCAGUUGGCUGAGUGUCCGUCCAUUAGUCAGUGGUAUGGACUGGGACUGGACUUCGGCAUCUAGCACUGCAGGCGGCCGCGGCCCGCCCGUGGACCACACCACAAAUUCAGGUCAAGGUCACUACAUGUACUACAGCAAAUCCAUGCUGACGUCCUCCACAACGGCUAACCUGCAGAGUGAAUACAUGGAUCCCACAACUAUGGGAUGCCUUGUCUUCUGGUACCAUCUCAGCGUGCUCUAUCAUGGUGAUGUGAGGUUUACGGUGCACUUGAAUGAGUCUGGGAGUCUCCGUUCAAUCUGGAACCAGACGGGAUACCAAGGGAACGUCUGGCUGAAGUCCAUGGUGGAUUAUUCCACGUCAAGCCGCCACCAGAUCCUGUUUGAAGCGAAAGCGCUAUCCAGCAGUUCAGUGGAUGUCGCCCUGGAUGACAUCUACGUCGUGAGAGACCAGACCUGCCCAGGUUUCGUGGCCACCACAGUGGCCCCCACCACAAUACCAACAGCUGCCCCCACAAGCCCGAUGGACUGCAGCUUUGAGGAGGGAUUAUGCCGCUGGUCCCAGGAGACUGGCGAUUCCUUCAACUGGAGCAGGCAAGCAGGACGGGAGGUGGAGGCUCCUGAGGAUGGGCCUCGCUAUGAUCACAGUGUCGGCAAUGAAGAAGGGUUCUACCUCAUCAUCCCUGCAUUGGGCUCCAAGGAAGGAGAGACAGCAGUGAUAUCAAUACCCAUGAUGCUCCAGUCCACAGAUGUGUGCAUCAGCUUCUGGUACCACAUGCUGGGGUCGUCUGUCUCCAGCCUGGAGCUCUUGGUGCAGACCAGUGAAUCUGAAAAGGCGAUGUGGAGAAGGCACGGUACGCAGGAUGCCGAGUGGCUGAAUUCGCAGGUCACCCUAAGCAUGGCCGACGUGCAGAAAAUAAAGUUGUCUGGUAGACGGAACUCCUUGGGUAUCGGAUACAUCGCCAUUGACGACAUUACUGUCAGAGAGGGGCACUGCGUGGAUCAAGACCCGUGUGGGUUUGAGAGCGCCUUUAUGUGUGAAUAUGAACAGGACGUGACAGAUGGCGCUGACUGGGUCCACACCACUGGCCCAGAUGGCCGAGUUGAUCGUACUUACAGGACGCAACAAGGUCAUUCCAUGGCAGUGUUUGGAAAGGACUUACAUCAGCGAGAGGUCAUCAUGCUAAGGACCCCAGAGUUCCCGGCCACAACAGAGUCCUGUCUACAGUUCUGGUAUUGGCUGUCGGCGCGUGGUAAUGACACACUCUCAGUGCAUGUCACGCAGGGUGAGGAGCUGGGCCCUGCACUGUGGGUACUCUCUGGCGCCCCCUGUCACAACUGGGAGGUGGCACAGAUUACAGUCUCUGCUGCUUCCAAAUUCAGGGUGGUGUUUAGAGCAGAGAUGGACGCGGCCCCUGGCUCCUCAGUGCAGCUGGAUGAGGUGUCACUGAGGGGCGGAGCCUGUGUCCCCACAGGAAGCUGCGACUUCGAGGAGGGUCAGUGCACCUGGAGGAACUUAGAAGGCGAUGGCCAUGACUGGAUCCAGGCAGAUGGGCAUUUUCACGGGCCAAGUGUCGACCAUACCACCCAGACCCCUGAGGGGAGGUACCUAUUGAGCUCAGUUCGGAGCCAGGUCCAGAACCAAAGCAGCAAGGCGAUCCUGGUCUCUGAGCGCUUCCAGAACAGUGGAACCACUUGCUUCUCUUUCUGGUACCAAAUGAAUGUCAGUGAGCCUGGGGUCCUGAGGCUCCAUCUGCAGUCUGGGGCCACCAAGAAGGACCAGUUUUACGAGACCACAGAAGGCUGGAGCAAUUGGACCCAGGUUUCCCACACAGUGCUCGGGCCCAAAGGAUUCCAGGUGCUGAUCGAGGCUGAGACCACCACGGGGUUCCUUGCCAUCGAUGACCUCCUAGUGACUCCAGGACCCUGUCACGACAAUGAAACUUCAGCAAAUUUUACGGGUUGUGAUUUUGAGACCGACAUCUGUGGCUGGGAAGACGUGAGUUCGGGUCAGUUUGUGUGGCAAAGGGGACGUAAUGGCUCAGUCACAGACAACACGGGUCCGUCCACGGACCAUACCACGGGCACUGAGCUGGGCUGGUACAUGGAGGUGGAUGCGGACCAGGGGGACGUUAACAGCUUUGCGGCACUGUGGAGCCCGGCGAUGAAAGAGGCGAGCUCACAGUGCGAACUGGAGUUCUACUAUCACAUGUACGGGAAAGGCAUCGGCCAGCUGGGAGUGCGGCUUCAUGAGAUCUCCGGGUUCACGUGGCUGUGGAGCCUCUCGGGGGACCAGGACCAGGAGUGGAGGCGAGCCUCCGUACAAGUGGGUCGCAUCCCAGGGAUGUUCCGGCUGGUCUUUGAGGCGACUCGCACCUACAGCACGCUGGGAGACAUCGCCAUAGAUGAUAUUUCCCUUCUGCAUUGCUCACUGCCAGAGCCCCAGGCCCGAUGCCCCUCGGAUAAUUUCCGAUGCUCCAGUGGUGUUUGUGUCGAGCACCGAAGGGUGUGCGAUUUCACCGAUGACUGUGGGGACCGGAGCGACGAGACAGACUGCGAGCUGCAGGGUUACCUGGGGAGGUGCAGCUUUGAGCACGGCCUGUGUGCCUGGGAGCCCAGCAGCAUGGGGGCCCCUGGGGCCGAGUGGGUGAGACAGAGAGCACCGUCCAGCUGGACCCCCCUCACGGCCGCCCCGCCCAUGGACCACACCCGAAAUUCGGCAGCAGGCCACUAUGUGAUUCCUGGAUGGAGUGACGUGUCAGACAUGGUUUCUUCCACCUUACUGCCCAGCGUAAACUGCACUGUGCGUUUUUACCACUACAGCCAGAACACUGGGCAGGGCUCCGGAGAGCUGACAGUGAGGUUGAGAAGCAUCCUCAGUGCAAGCAGUGACCGGGUGCUGUGGGUCAGAGAGGGGUCACGGGCCUUCUUCUGGGAGAGAGCAGAGGUCACUUUCUCCACCGCUGUGCACAGCAAGGUCGUGCUGCGUUACGAGAGACCAGCACGCGCCGGAGGUGAUGUAGCUGUGGACGACGUCUCCUUCUCCCUCCAGUGUGCCCAUGAUCCCGAGAACAGUGCACUACCCCAACCAGCUACCCCCACGGCCCCGCCCUCUACAUCCCCCUCCGCCACGCCCUGUAAGGCAGAUGAGUUCUUCUGCUGGCUGUCAGAGGAUGUGACCUGUAUCCCUGCCAGUUCUCAGUGUGAUUACACCAAAGACUGCCCUCUAGGGGAAGAUGAGCAGAGCUGCGGACCUUGUACCUUUGAGAACAAUCAGUGUGGAUGGAUGGAUGUGAGUAAGAGGGACAUCAGGUGGCAGAGACAGAGAGCGACUGUGCCCACAGACCCCGACCAUACCACAGGCACAGGCUCCUACAUGAAUGUUGUCCACGGAAAAUCCAACAUUGCCCAGAGCAAAUCCAGGGGAAAUGCCCGUUUGCUGAGUCCCAGGCUUCCCCCGUCAGGCCCCUACUGCCAGAUGAUGUUUCACUUCCGGGUGACCCCCGGUGGAGGGGCUGGCCUGUAUGUCAUCCGGUUGGAGGCUGGUGCCAAAUCGGGGACGUUGCUCUGGUCCCGCCCUAAGCAGGACAGCGGCCAGUGGGUUCCAGAGAUCCUCAAUGUGGGCUCCACGCCUCAGCCAUACAAAAUUGUCUUCAACAGCUCCCUCGAGUCGGCGUCCAACAACAACGGCUCUCUGGGCAUUGCCCUGGAUGACAUCUCCUUCCACAACUGCGAGGCAUCCUACCAGCCACCAGACCCCUCCUCUCACAAUUGCUCCUUUGAGGACCACUCCUGCGGCUGGGUCCAGGCAGCCAGUGAUGACCUGGACUGGCAGAGCUGGACCGGACCGUCUGUCACCGCUAACACUGGACCCGCGGGGGACCACACCACUGGCUUGGGGAAUUACCUAUAUGUCGAGAGCUCCUCUCCAAGCAGAGUAGGGGAUGUGGCCCAGCUGAAGUCCCCUCUGCUGCCACCUGCUGGCCCCCAAGGCUACUGCAUCACUUUCUGGUACCACAUGUUUGGUGCCACAGUUGGAAGCCUAAGGUUAUACCUGCAAGAAUCUCAGCCCCUACAAAGGACACUGAUGUGGAAGAGGCAGGGCAUGCAAAGCGACAUGUGGCAGAUGACCCAGAGUCAUGUGACCCUGCAGGAGGUCCAUCAGGUGGUGCUGGAGGCGUCUGUAGGUGGUUGGGCGGGAGACGUUGCUUUGGAUGACAUCACUCUUACCCCUGGAGCUUGCCGUCACUCCGGACCCCCAGACCUGUGUGACUUUGAGGACAGUGACUGUGACUGGACCUCGGAGAGCUGGGUGCGGCGUUCUGGUGGUGGUCCCAGUAGGGAGCCAGGAUCCGAUCACACCACCGACACGCCCCAUGGACAUUACUUUUACCUGGGCUCCUCAAGCUCCCAGCCCCCCGGUCACAUGGCCUCACUGAUCUCCCCAGAAUUCGCUGCGGGAACAGGUGACUGUCUACAGGUCUGGUACCACAUGGAUGGGGACAGCAUAAGUACCCUAAACGUGUAUCAGCAGAGCGAGGAUGGCGGACGCAAACUUGUUUUUUCAAAGACUGGCAGCCAGGGGGAGCUGUGGAGGCUUGGCAAUGUCAGGCUGGAUCCUAUGGAGGGGUCUGCAUUCCGGAUUGUGGUAGAGGGUGUCCGGGGGACAGGAGUAUCUGGGGGCGUCGCCAUUGACGACGUGCUGCUGUCUAAUGGAGCCUGCCCACCCCCUGGAGUCUGCGACUUCCAGGGCAGUCUGUGCGGGUGGACCAACGUUGAGGCAGGCGACCAAGCCGAUUGGCUACGCGGGCGAGGGAGCUCCCCUCUUCCCAGCACGGGGCCCUGCGUGGACCACACCAUGGGCUCCAGCCAAGGCUACUACGUGUAUGUGGACAGCGCAGUGGGACAGAAGGGUGACAAGGCCAUGUUGUACAGCGAGGUCUUCCAACCAACCCAGGGAGACGGCUGCUUGAGCUUCUGGUACCACAGGCAUGGUCAGAACAUCGGCAACCUCAGCCUCUACAGCGGCACCAGCACUCUCGACAAACCCAGGAACCCCUUUGGCGAUGACGAGAAGGACCUGCUGCUGUGGACAGAGGCCACCAGCCAAGGGGACACCUGGAUAGAGGCCACUAUGGCGGUCAACAACAUGGAGCCAUUUUGGUUUGUUUUUGUAUACGAGAGAGGGGAGGGCGGGCCGGGACACCUGGCUCUGGAUGACAUCCAGCUCAUCAAAGGAAGAUGCUCCAGCAUCAAUUCAUCCCUGUCUUCUCCAGCUGCAGUUUACGUCGGCGUGGGUUUGGGUCUCGUGCUUUCUGUUGCACUUGGGGUCAUCGCUAGCGUGGUCUUACUGCAGAGGAGUUUGUCCACCAUGAUACCCAGUGCGGGAGACCGUGACGUGGACAACAUCAUCUUCCACAUGCAUGACUGCAAACUAGAUGAACUGGAGACCACAGGUUCCUCUGAGAAGCUGACAAAUACGUCCCCCGCUGUUGACAUGGACACCGAACCAUCGUCAUCGGAAGCCUAGCAGGAAAAAACGAUCAACACUGAUGACUUUUUUAAAGCUAGAUAAAAGUCUGCUGAUAUGAAUGGGACCCUCCAAGCAUGACCUCCGAU